UCGCAUUCCGUGUCACAGAAGUCAGACGGAGGCUUGGUCCAGCCCAAGAGACUAAUUUCACGUAUGGAGUCAAGGCAGAUGGGCUUCAUGACUUGCUGAUCAACACGGAAGAGACGAUGAUUCAGUUCUCGCGAGCAAGGCCUACUUGGCAGACAGUCUUACUCGUUCGCCCGUGGAAUCGAUACCUCCUCGAGCUUCCUGUCUUUGCAGGACUGUCUGACUUCGGAGACGAUACGGAGAGCGAGGAUGGUUAUUGGUCCGCGCCCGGGUCGCCGAUAGACGAGUCGCGCCGUGGUUCCCCGGUAGAAGAGGAGCUGGUCGAUCUGGAAUCUCACUCACAAGCGUUGCGGUUGAUUGCCCGCCUUGGUCAGCCUUUCAGCGCUUUGUUGCUAGCGCAGCAGCGCGGUGGAGAAUACAUGAGGAUCGCUUCGGAUCAUGAUAUCAUUGCACAAGUCAAAGACAUGGCUUCUGUCGACAACAUGAUGGACGUCAGAACCCUAGAAAUAUUGUAGUUGUAUGUAUUUUUUCAAGAGGGUC